AUGAAAAUUACUAUGCAAAAAGACGCCUUUAUUCUUGCGAUCAUCUUGGGCUGUUGUGCAGUUGCUGCUGGCAAAACACAGCACGAGCUUGAUAACGAUGAACUGUGGGAUCGCUUGCUGAAACGAAAACUACACGAAACCAAAACAAAUGUCCACGAUGAAGGCAGCCAAGAAUCCGCUGGUGGAUUUGCCGAAGCAAUGGCACUUCGUGGCGAUCAGCCGCCUCCGGACGAUGAUGGGGAUGAGGGCGGUUUAAUCGGUACUAUCAGCUUCGACCACGCUGACAGUGAGCUCAUUGAUGCUGAUAACGCGGAACCGCUCGACGGGCAUGAUCUAUUGCUCACACUCAAUGGAAAGACACCGUCAAAGGUCGUCUUCACACCGACAGACACUCCCCGCACCGCAGAUGACGGCUGGGCUGAGGCUUCCGAUGACGUCGAAACACUCACCGCGAUCGAUCCAGACCUCGUCAAUAAUGAUGACGUGCUGGACGGAAGUGGUGAGCAUUUGCUUCCACAGGCUGAUGACCCAGUGCUGUUUGAUAAAGAAAUUGUGAACAUUCUGCGGAAGCGCCCCGAGUCACGCGAGAUUCUGGACCUUUUUGGGCUGGCGGUUACAAAGCCUCCGAACAACAAGACGGUCUCGAACAAUCCAGAAGCGAUCAAGGAGCAGCUUAGAAAUAUGCUUACGCUUCCUUUGGACAAGAGGAAAUAUUAUCAUCCACUUCCGGCGAUUGCUGAAGAAGAAGGGCAGAAUCGUGCGGAACCUGCUUCGCUUCUGGCAGACGGACAUAGUUUGCCACGUCUAUCGAACGUCCUUCUGCCAGAUCUAAACCGAACGCUCGUCAAACAUCGAGAGGCAUUGCUGCCGCCGAAGGAUGGGCAACGAAGUUUGGUGAUAGUGUUCGAUGCUACCGGAUCCAUGCUUGAUGAUCUGCAACAGCUGCGUGAUGCGGCUAGAUUAAUAAUUGCCGAAAUCACGCAGCGCGACAGUAAUCCCAUCUUCAACUACAUAUUCGUCCCAUUCCGAGAUCCGCACGUUGGGCCUCGGCUGGUAACACGCAACAAGGACGAACUGCUGAACGCGCUCGACAACCUGCAGAUCAUCGGUGGAGGCGAUUGUCCCGAGGCAGCGCUAGAAGCGAUAGCCAGUGCCAUCGAGGCGGCAAUGCCGAACUCAUUCGUGUACGUGUUUACCGAUGCGACGGCCAAAGAUUUCCGGCUCGAUCGACGUGUGAUGCAGCUUGUCCAGAAAAAGCAAACUCCAAUCACGUUUCUGCUGACUGGGUUCUGCGAUGGUAAAUCUACCCCAGGCUAUCAGGUGAUGAACAACAUUGCUGCCGCUAGUAAUGGUCAGGUGUUCGAUCUGAGGAAGGAUCAGAUCGAGGAAGUGCUGCUUGCCAUACGCAACACCAUGGACAUCGAUCACGUGCCACUGAAAGCGAUCGAUUCUGCCGUUCCGAAGCAACACGAAAUCGAUUUCAACGUGGACAGUACGUUGAGAGAGUUCAGUGUCAGUGUUGCCGGUGUUAAGCCAACGAUUGAGAUUCUUGAUCCGCAUCACGAACCGUACAACAGGGCGCGGGACGUUCUAAAUCUGGAGAACAUUCGCGUAGUAAAUGUGGCCGAUCCCAGUCCCGGCAAGUGGAACAUUAAGGCGACGUCCAACUCUUCGCACUCUGUGCGGCUAUCCGGCUUGAGUGAAGUGCAGUUCAAGUUUGGAUUUUCACUCCUCGAGCCGCAAGAUUCGGUGAGUCUCUCGCAUCAGCCGGUUCUCAAUAAGGCGAACUACCUAGCAAUUGAACCGACAGAACCGCAGCUAAUCAAAACGCUCGAAUCCGUUAGGAUUGCGUCCCACAAUGUCGACACACCAGAUGGGGCGAACUUUGAUUUUACACUACCACUCAAGCUGGUGCCCGGCACCGUAGCACUUUACCGCACCGAUGCGUUUCAUGCACCUCGUCAACAGUUUAAGCUGACCAUCAAUGGAAAGAAUGCUGACGAAGAAACGCUUCAACGAUUGCUUUCGACGGCCAUGCAAGCGGUCGAACAAACACCUCCAGAAGUGACUGUGGGUUAUGACCAAUUACUGGAACUGUUCGAAGGUGACACAUUCAAGCUGGAUUGUCGCAUUCAAUCCCCUUUUCCGGUGCUGACCACUUGGGUAAAGGGCAACAAGGAGUUGGUUGAGAAAAAUUUCGAACAAUCGAAUGUAUUACCGCUGCGCUUGGUCAACGUGUCCUCUGAGGACACGGGAAAUUAUACUUGCUUUGCUAAAAACAAUAUCGGCGAAGAUAAAAAAUCGAUUUUCGUACGAGUUACCGCGCUGCAAAAGCCCAAGAUGCGUCUACUGCCCAAACAUACAACCGCCAUGGAACGGGAACCCUUUAUUGCGCUUAGAUGUAUUUUGGAACCGGCUGACGGUAUGGCAGAAAUUCAUUGGACACACAAUUGGCAGCAUCUGACGAUGGCUAGUGGGAAACCGUAUCUAGAGCUUAUCAACAUCGAUAAAACCCACGCUGGCAAUUACAGCUGUUAUGCGGACAUUAAUGGCCAGCGUAUAUCCAGCGAGCCCAGUACGGUGGUGGUCGAAUAUGCACCCAAGAUACCCGUACCCAGUAUGGGGCUGCUUAAAGAGUACGGCACGGACGUUACUCUGGAGUGUAUGAUCGAUGCCAUGCCCCUACCGGAAUACCAUUGGUACUAUCAAACGCUAGAUCAGGCUGGUGAGCCAGAGGUAUACGAAUCCACCGACAGUGCGAUUAGCUUCGUGAUGAGCCCAGAGCGUUCCGGGAUAUACGUGUGCGAGGGUAAAAAUGUGUACGGCUUUGGCAAACAAAACUUCAUCGUCGAGGGAGCUGCGAAUGCGGCCCCUGUCAUCAAAAAGCCUGCGGAAACGACCGUGUAUGUCGCUCCCGGAUCUUCGAUCACGCUCGACUGUGUAUGCGAACUUUGCCAACCGCUCAAUGAAUACAUCUGGACGAGCCAGCAGGGUACUUUCGAGAGCAGUCCGGAAGAAACGAUCGAGAACGUUCGUGUAGUGCUCGAUAACGAUCAGUCCCGUAAUGCCGUCCGGUAUCGGCUCACCAUUGACGACUUCCGUCCCCAAAACGUGGCCAGCUACACCUGCAUCUUUUCCAAUCAACAUGGUGCCGAUGCUAUGAUCCUUCAGCUUGGCAUGAUGGUAGUGCCGGAAAUAGACACAAUGCUGGUCGAUGGAGAAACGGUGAUCACCGGUACAAAGCUGUACAAAAAACCGGGCCAAGCGCAUGGACUAAGUUGCGAGGUAGUAGGACUACCGGAACCCACCGUGCAAUGGUUGCUAAAUGGCAAACUAAUCACAGUUGACGAUGCCGAUCUUUUGCGAUUCGAGCACGACAACAAAACCAUUAUCUUCCACGAACCCUUCGGAGCAGCGGUGCAGGGAAUGUACGAAUGUGUCGCCAGCAAUCCCCUCGGACGCGUGUCAUCUGCCGUGGAACUUUUGGUAGGCAAUGCCCCUGAAGCGACACCAGCUUCCAAGCAGAUCGAGACAAAAGUAGGCAAUACAAUCAAGCUGCCAUGCACGAUCGAAGGCAACCCGCAACCCACUAUCCGCUGGGAACCGGAAGACAUAUUUGAGGAUCCUACACUGAGCGCACAGAUAUUGCACGUUUCUUAUAGCAAUGCAGGACUUUAUCGUUGUACAGGAGAGAACGAGUUUGGCACGGCUGAGCAAAGCUUAACGCUCAUGACGUAUGGACCGCCGGAAGUGAAGGGUCCUCUGGAUCUAUCGCUACAGUUCGGUACUAAUCAGGACGCACUUCUGGAUUGCAAUGGAUGGGGAAUACCUGAGCCAACAGUUCACUGGAAAUUUAACGACACGCCGCUCGAGCUAGCACCCGGUAUGCGGAUUUCGAGCGAAGGCCUUCACAUUUCCAACAUAUCUUUUUCACACAACGGAGUCUACAGUUGCGUGCUGGAGAACGAGCAUGGAUCGUUGCAAAAAAUUCAGUACGUUACCGUGCGUGAUGCUCCGAAAAUUACAUCAUCUCUAGAAUCACGCGUCACCCUGCUGCCAAAUGAUACGGAUCGAUUUGAAUGCGCCGGAACUGGAAGUCCAGCGCCCAAAGCAAUGUGGCUAUUCAACGGAGAGGUACUAAUUGAAGAGCCUUUUCUGCAUCUUGCGUACGGCAACGUAUCGACAGGCACAUACACUUGCCACCUGGAAAACUCCGAAGGAACGGAACGACAAAACAUGUUCGUCAACGUGUUACGACCACCGCACCGAGUAGCAGGGUUGAAUUAUACCGACAGCCUCACGCCACUGAAAUUGCGCGUCGAUGACCCACUAGUUCUGCUGUGUCCGUUCGAAAACUUUAACAGCCUUCUCUGGCAGCUGAACGAGCGCAAUCUGGAAGAGUACUUCGAUCUUACCGAUGUGAAGUUGAAGGAAAACCUGCUGAUCGUUGAUCGUAUACGAUCGCGCCAUCAAGGAACGUACACCUGUGUGGUGAAGAAUCGUGCCGGAACCGAUCGCCAGUCGUUCGUGGUUGGAGUCUUAACACCACCAACCAUCCAUCGCACACAGCCGGAAGAGUUGAGUGACGAAUAUGGCACCGUGGCCGAGGAUUGGAACAGCCCAUGGGUGACGGAUGGACCAGUGGACAGUGCGGUGGAGGUGAAUUUGCUAUCCGGCGAAACGUUACAGCUGCUCUGCCAAGCGAGCGGAACUCCCGAACCUAACGUUCACUGGAAUCGUGGUGCCGACAUGGCAAGGAUCGUGUCACAAUCGCACAAUCUGACCAUUCCGAAUGUGGCGAUGCAUCAUAGCGAUCUGUACACGUGUGUGGCAGAGAAUGAACUAGGCAAAUCGACACAGGUUUACCGGCUCGAUGUCAUGACAUCGCCACAGUUUUAUGACGAACCGGUACAGUCGAUCGAGGUGUUCGUAGGUGAUGAUCUGCAACUGGACUGUGAGAUGCAGUCGAAUCCACCCGCUUCCUAUCAGUGGCUAAAAGAAGACGUUGCCAUUGAAGAAUUCAACACGAUACUGGAGUUUGUGAAUAUUCAACCGCAAGACACCGGAAUGUAUCACUGUGAGGCAGAGAAUAUUUUCGGACAUAACAGAAAAUCCUACAAAGUGUUAGUCUACCAACCGGCGGAAAUAACAAACUUCUCUUGCAAUCAAACGCUGCUGGCGGGAAACAACAUCGAGCUGGACUGUGAGGCAACGGGCAACCCUAUUCCCGUAAUCAGCAUCAUCCAUCGGGGUGAGGUGUUGGCCUCCACUGCCGAUCUGGAAGCACCCGCCAUGGAAAUCGAUCGACAGUAUCGCGUGAAGAACAAUUUCUACAAAAGUCUGCAACUGUACAGCUUCUCUGCCGUGCGUACUGCUCCGUUCGAAAUUCGAUUCUCUUUGCGCCAGCCGAAGGCCACCCUCCUGGACAAGGGCAAAUAUUUGUGCAUGGCACAAAAUGCGAUCGGGUUCGAUGAGCGCGUUGCACGGCUGGACGUUAUGGUAUCACCGUACGUGCACGUGGAUAAACUGAAGAUGGGCGAGCAAACCAUUCGACUGCUGGAAGGAUUGCCGCUGUUCCUGUUUUGUCCCAUCGAAGGCACACCGAAGCCUACGAUCGGUUGGUAUCGGAACGGCAUACGGCUGACCAACACCGUCAGCACUUUGUUCCUACCCGCCGUACAGUUACGGGAUGCCGGUUCGUACAUUUGCUACGGGGAAAACCCGGUCGGCAAGACGGAGCUCCAGUUCGAGGUGGACGUGCUGGUUCCACCGUCGAUCAUAAACACCGUCCUGUACGGCGAACACUACCUGUCGGCGGAUCAACCGGAUCAGGAAGAGAUUGCACUGCUGGCGGGCGAAACAGUUUCCCUCGACUGUUCCAGCCUGGGCCAUCCCGCACCGGUGGUGCACUGGAUGAAGGUGGACUAUUUGGACGAGCGUGCAAACGUGCUACUCCCCACGCAGGAACCAAUCAUCGAGCUGUACAACGUCAGCGAUACCGUCACGUACUCGUGCUUUGUCAACAAUACGGCCGGUUCCGUGCAGAAGCUCUUCCAUCUCGUUGUGCAAGCUCCACCGAGAUGGAAAUCCGGCCCGGAGUACGAGUACGAACAGCGGGUAUCGCUACAUCACAGUCUCGAUUUGACAUGCGAAACGAACGGCUCGCCGGAAGCUUCCGUCAUCUGGUUUAAGGAUGGACUGCAGCUGAGCAAACACGACGCGGGCUAUUUCUUCGGUGUCAAUGGACAAACGUUGCGCCUUCUGGCGGCCAAGCUGACGGAUGCGGGCAUCUUCCUGUGUGUGGCAAGUAAUGCACUUGGCCAAAUCAGCAGAGAGUUCCACGUGACGAUUGAUGUUCCCGUAAGUUGGUCGCCUUGGGGUGCGUGGUCCGCAUGCAGCGCUACCUGUGGCGGCGGUACACAGUUCCGUUCCCGCAUUUGUUUACUUGUAAACGGAUCUCCCGCCCACGGUGAUCGGUUCAACUGCGUUGGUGAGAACGUGGAGAUCAAACCCUGCGAACUGCUGCCAUGUCCCGUGAACGGUGGCUGGGGCGAAUGGGGCAGCUGGAGCAACUGUACGCUGGACUGUGUGUCGGAGUACAGCGGCGUUCGGUCGAUCCGGCACCGGAGUCGCGCUUGCGAUUCACCGGCACCAUCGCUCGGCGGUAAGCUGUGCAUUGGCGCAGAGUACGAAGAGGAACCAUGCCACGUCAGGUACUGCCCGAUCGAGGGUGGCUGGACCGGCUGGUCCGACUGGACGGGCUGUAACGAACCGUGUGGAUAUGGGCGAAACAUACGCUUUAGAAGCUGCUCCAAUCCCGCACCGCGCCACGGUGGGCGCCCGUGCGACGGCGAAGAAAGUGAGGUGAAAACGUGCAAACUGCAAGAAUGCCACGUAGACGGUGGUUGGUCGGAAUGGUCCCGAUGGUCACAGUGCAGCAAAUCGUGCGGCAAAGGCAUUCGGAGCCGCAAACGGUACUGUAACAACCCGACACCGAAGGCAGGCGGAAAGCCUUGCGCGGGCGAAAACAUUGAGCACACGCAAUGCAGUACGAAGCGGUGCCAAAACGAUGCACUGCUGAAGACGGGCAGCAAUACGAAGAAAAAUUUUACUCCGUUGCUGACGUACGAAACGCAGUAUGCAAACAACGACCGUCGCCCAUUGGUGUCGAACGAUUUCGACAGUUCCGAGUACGACGAUAGGGAUUCGGAGCACGAUCAGAAGGUGUUGCAUAACUAUCAGUACGCCGAAGUGCCGCCCGUGGAGUACGUUGACAUUCCGGAGGCUGCGCCCAAUCCCGGCAUGCUGAGCAUUACGGUGAAGAUGAUGAACUCGAUCCGCCUUUCGAAUGAUACGACCGAUUUCAGCUUAAACUUUGGCAAUCCAGCAAUGGGCUUGCAGCCGGCCCCCAGCUGUGCGGAAGGGUUCGUGUACAAUGCGUCCCUCGGUGGGUGCAGCGACGUGGACGAAUGUGCCAACGGUGCGUCGUGUACGCUGGUUGGGCAGAUCUGCAUCAAUACGGUGGGCAGUUUCGAGUGUGACUGCAUCCAGGGCUAUCGCCCGGUGGUAUACGAAACCGGCCAUCACGACGGUUCCAUCGUGCAGGAAAUGCAGUGCGUAGAUAUAAACGAAUGUCGAGAGAAAACGCACGAAUGUUCCCACUACUGUACCAACACUCCUGGCAGCUAUGAAUGCUUCUGCCCCGACCGGUACCUCCUUGCGAAGGAUGGCAAAACUUGCACCAUCAAGCGAAAGCGCAACGAACCGGUACGCAUUACGCCGCGCUGUCUGGAAGGAUACCAGUGGGAAGAUGGCCACUGCCAAGACAUUGACGAAUGCGCACUGCAAGCGGACGAAUGUGGGGACAGCUUUUCCUGCGUCAAUACCCGCGGCGGGUACAUCUGCGUACCGGCGGACUGUCCUCCAGAGUACGAGCUGGACGGUGCGGAAGAGAUGUGCGUGUUGAACUGCACCCACGGUCACCAUCUGUGUCCGGAUGGGGCGACCGUUGGUCAAACCAUUUCACACACCAUCAUUACGCUAGAUCGCUUCCUGCCAAGACAAUCGCUUGCGGUUGUAUCCAUCCCUGCCGCACAGCAUGCGAUCGACGUUGAAACCAAAUUUGCUUUCCGCGAUCGACGUUACGGGCACAUUUUCGCGCUGGAAACCAUGCGCAAGACAUCGGGCGCGGUGCGUUUGUACGCCAAUCGAAAGCUGCAGCGUGGAACGCUUUACAAGCUGAACCUGGUUGCCAAAUCAUCGAGAAGACGGCGUCUGGAGUUUGUGCAUAAUUUCGUAGUCCACGUGUACUGGAUGGAAUAGAAUGCUGGCAACGAUCGUACGGCAACCGAAGCAACGGCUUAGGUAUGGGAAGUGGAUCAAGCAUUAAUUUAAACCCAUUAUCACAUUUGAUUACUAGUAGGUUGAUAUAAUGCGGUAGUGCAUCAACAAAGGGCCUAGAGACAUAGGGAAACCUACCGGUAGAAUUAGAAGGAACGGAGCACGGUAAUAGUUAUAGCGUAG